GCCCCUCUGUGCGCGUCUGCCCUCCUCUCUGCGCGGCUGUCACUUCAGGGAAACGCUCACUGGAGGUCGCAGCACUUUUCUACUUUGAAGCUCAGCUAAAGCCCACAGGCUGUCCUCUCUUCCCCAAGGGUCAGACAUGGCGGAGACAGGAGGCGCAAGUGCAUACGGAGUUGCUCUCGCUGGAGGAGGUUUUGACUUCUACAAGUUUGUCCGACAGCCGCAAACCAUCGUGCGGCUCCUCAGCUGGAUUUUUGCCCUGGUUGUGUUUGCCUGCAUCACCACAGAGGGGUACGUCAACUCUUUCACCAGCGCUGAUGUCAAAUGCGUCUUCAACCAAAGCAACUCUGCAUGUCAGUAUGCUGUGGGUAUCGGGGUGAUCGCCUUCCUGGCCUGCAUAGCCUUCCUCCUGCUGGAUGUUUACGUGCCCUUCAUGAGCAACGCUCAGGAGAGGAAGUACACCGUCAUGGCAGACCUUGGAUUCUCAGGGGUGUGGACUUUCCUGUGGUUUGUGUGUUUCUGCGUGCUGGCCAGCCAGUGGGCUCGCACUCAUGAUGUCAGGGCGAUCCCAGAGGACGCAGCGCGUGCCACCAUUGCCUUCUCGUUCUUCUCCAUCGCCACAUGGGGAAUCCUAACCUACUUUGCCCUGGGCCGCUUCCGUAGGGGUGUCGAUGAAAUCAGCAUUCCUACCUACACAGAGGCGCCCUCGGAUCUCCACACCCCCUACCCCCCCACCUACGCUCCUACCUCCUACAACCCCACAACAUAUACCCCCACCACCUACACCUACCCCAGCAACAUUCCAGAAGCGCAGAAGCAGCCCCCAUUCACCUCAAACCUCCCGCCGCAGGGAGACACCAGUUACCUGCCGCCCAAAUACUGACACAGCAGGCGGAGUUCUUGUGGAUGAUGCAGCGAUCCAGAUCAUCUGCAGGCCAAUAGCCUAUAGCUGCAAUGCACAGACAUGGAGCUCUAUCAUAUUGAUGUGGUUUUACAUUCAAUUUAACACACUGUUCAAAGUGUCUGGGAGGAUCUGAGCCAACGCGUUGGAAACAAGGAGCAGAACUGUUUACGUCAACAGAUCCAAGAUCAGAUCUGAAGACACUGAAGAGGCUUGAGCAAUGUGACCUUUGUGCAGAAGCAACGUUUACCUCCGCUGGGCUGAGCGUGUGAGGGAAAGGUAGCGUAGCAGUGAAUCCUGAAGAGAAACAAUUGGUGUGGAAAAGGCCAACAUGUUUUCUCCUCGUUAUAAAGACAAUAUGGUUAUGUGCCAACUUAUUUUGUUUUUUGUGGAUCCUUUUUCUUUAAAUUACUCAAAAAGCUUUAGUGAUAUCAUAUACCAAAUGGGUGAUAAGGUUUGUAGAGAAAAUGUUUAAUUAUUUUUCAUAAUCAUGGAUUCUGUAUAAGACAAAUACUGCGAGAAGUCAUUAUGUGUUUGUCAAAAUGAAUUAAAGCCUUGAAGAUGGAGCAUUUCCUCCAGUCUGACCAUACAUAUGAGUUGGUUACAAAAAAAGGUUUACAUGUAUUAAACUGACCUUUAAACUUGCAGCUAACUUUCUGAUAGAGAGGGAGGAGCUCUGAGAUAACGCAGCACUUAUUUAACUGGUCCGUCCACUGAGCGCUUUCUUCCCCCACAGCCAGACGCCAUCUUUCCUUUGUUUAACACUGACAUUUUCAGUUUACAAUGGUACAGUUACAGCUCUCUGAGUGUGAAUCUCUCUGGUUUUCUUAAGAAAGACUUGUAGAACAUGUGUUUGGUGUCUGGUGGUGAACAGGUUUGUCAGCUCUGUCUGCGGCAGAUCAGGCAACGCUAGAUCAGUUUUGGUUUGUUGUGUAAGCUGAAGUCUAACCUAAGAAUAGCGUGUGGUAAUUUUCUCAAGUCAUCUGUGCAAACACAUGUAGAUCUGUAGAUAGAUGUUUGUACUUUUCAUGCAAAAUUCAAAUGUAAUCGGAACAAAAUACUGUAGACUAUAUUGCAACUUCAUUUUGGCAUUUAAGACAAAAGACACAGGAAGGAUUAUCUAUAAAAUAAAAUAAAAUUAGCUACAGCACCCUGCCAACGUUUUCAUCUCUCAGGUUAAAAUACCCCAAAGUUUUUGGUCAUAACGUAAGAUUUAAAAGAAAAAGUACUUUUUACAUUUACUGUAAAAACAAAGUAAUGUGAUUUACUAAGGAAGACGUGAACAGUCGUAUCUGUUCCUCUUUCAGAUGGCAGCCUUCCAUUAGGAAAAUAACUGGUAGCAGCAGAAAUGUGUACUUUCUGCAGAAUUGGAAAGAUCGUAAAUUUGAAACUGGUUUAGGAACCAAAGUAGAGUGAGUUGAAAAUGUGGUUGUAUUCUAUGGUAAUGAGGGUAAACAGCUGUGCAUUACAGUUGCAUUUCAUGUCACAUCCUGAAAGUGUUUCCAUGAAGUUGAACUGUGACAUUUAAAGCAGCUUUUGAUUACUCAUUUUGAACGACCACCCCUGAAUGUGCAUGAAUCAUGUAGGCCUAAAAGUGAUGAUGCUGAGGGUUUGUAAUUUUCUGCAUAAUUAAAGCAAAUGGUUCUGUGAUCUCAGAAAUAUAUGAAUGUUGUGCAUCUUGUGUGAUUCAUGGUUUAAAAUAAAAAAAAAUGUAGAGGAUUUAGCAUUAGAUGUUUGUUUCCUCUGUUAAAUGUUUAACCUCUAAACACACAGCACACAGGUGAAUAAAUCGA